UGACUCCCGCCAGCGCUCACAGCCUCCUGGCUCCACCUGACCAUGUCCCUGGCUGAGGCCAUCAGACUGUGGAAUGAAGGGGUGCUGGCAGCCGACAAGAAGGACUGGAAGGGAGCCCUGGAUGCCUUCUCCUCUGUCCAGGACCCCCACUCCAGGAUUUGUUUCAACAUCGGCUGCAUGCACACAGUUCUGGGAAACUGGGCAGCGGCAGAGAAGGCCUUCUCCAGAACCAUUAACCGAGACAAGCACUUGGCGGUGGCCUACUUCCAACGAGGGAUGCUCUACCACCAGAUGGAGAAAUAUGAUUCAGCGAUUAAAGACCUGAAGGAGGCCUUGACUCAGCUGCGAGGGAACCAGCUGAUAGACUACAAGAUCCUGGGGCUGCAGUUCAAGCUGUUUGCCUGUGAGGUGUUAUAUAACAUCGCUUUCAUGCAUGCCAAGAAGGAGGAGUGGAAAAAGGCCGAGGAACACUUGGCACUGGCCAUGAGCAUGAAGUCUGAGCCAAGACAUUCCAAAAUUGACAAAGCCAUGGAAUGCGUGUGGAAACAGAAGCUGUAUGAGCCGGUGGUGAUCCCUGUGGGCAAGCUCUUUCGACCAAAUGAGAGGCAAGUGGCCCAGCUGGUCAAAAAGGAUUACCUAGGCAAGGCUACGGUGGUGGCAUCUGUGGUGGAUCAAGACAGUUUCUCGGGGUUUGCCCCCCUGCAGCCACAGGCAGCUGAGCCUCCGCCCAGACCCAAAACCCCCGAGAUCUUCAGGGCUCUGGAAGGGGAGGCUCACCGUGUGCUGUUCGGGUUUGUGCCUGAGACACCAGAGGAGCUACAGGUCAUGCCCGGGAACAUCGUCUUUGUCUUGAAGAAGGGCAAUGACAACUGGGCUACGGUCAUGUUCAACGGGCAGAAGGGGCUCGUUCCCUGCAACUACCUCGAACCCGUCGAGCUGCGGAUCCAUCCUCAGCAGCAGCCCCAGGAGGAAGACUCCCUGGAGUCUGAUAUUCCAGCUCCGCCCAGUUCCAGUGCUCCUGGAGCACCCCAGCUGUCACUGUCACCAGGUCAGAAAGAAGAAGAGUCCAAGGAAAUAAAGCUCAGCGUUCCCAUGCUCUACACGCUCAAGGUGCACUACAAGUACACGGUGGCCAUGGAGACUCAGCCCGGACUCCCCUACAGCCAGGUCCGGGACAUGGUGUCUAAGAAACUGCAGCUCCUGCCGGAACACACUAAGCUGAGCUAUCGGCCCAGGGACAGUCAUGAGCUGGUGCCCCUUUCAGAAGACAGCAUGAAGGAUGCCUGGGGCCAAGCAAAAAACUACUGCCUGACUCUGUGGUGCGAGAACACAGUGGGUGACCAAGGCUUUCCAGAGGAACCCAAGGAAAGUGAAAAAUCUGAUGCUAAGAGCCAGACAUUAGAACCUCAGCUUAAGGAGGGCAGGCAAGUGGUAGCCCUUUUCAGUUACGAGGCUACCCAACCAGAAGACCUAGAGUUUCUGGAAGGGGACGUGAUCCAGGUUGUAUCCAUGGUGAACGACGAAUGGCUGGAAGGGGAGUGCAAAGGGAAGAUCGGCAUUUUCCCCAAGGCUUUUGUUGAAGAACUCACAGCUGCAGACAUGGACAGCACGCCCAGAGGAGUCUAGGACAUCUCACAACCUACGACAUCAAAGGAAAAAACUACCAUCUCGUUUGUAAGAUUUAGGACGCCUCUGCGGUGCACGGUGCCGAGACCAUUAUGGUUUGGAAGUGUUUGCUAAUCUACUUUUCCCUGUUAAAAUUCAACCUAUUAAACAAUGUGAGAAUUUAGGAUUAUGAACACUUUGGGGUGGGGUAGUGGUUGGAAGUGUCUGGAAGGCAUGAGGGGGUCUCCCAGGGUGAUGUUUCCUCCUGGCUGCCCAGACGUGCUCACUUUGUGAGAAACUCACUGGGUUGCACAGAUACCAGUGCACUUCUCUGUAUGUGUGAUAAAAAUAAAAACCCAAAA